GUACAUGUGUCAAAAUAAAGAUCUGUCGCGUUGAAAAGUACAACAAAAUUUAAUUUCCACUAGUUUUGUGCAAUUUUCUGAAAAAAUAGCCAGAAAUUCCAAAACUUUCCCUCAUUUAAUGAUUUCCUAGUAUCAAGUGCAACCAGACAAACCACCACAAUGUCAUCCCCCGAAGCUAAACUAGAGCUCUACGAUGACUACGCCUCGGCCACCGAAUCGAUGGAGGGCCAAAUGUCCGUCCCGAACGCCGCAAGGAACACAACCGAUCCCGGCGCACCCAACUUCAGCACACUGGACGAACCCAUCAAAGAUACAUUCCUACGUGACGUGAAAGCGGUCGGCAUCAAGUUCUACCACGUUCUGAUACCGCGGGAGAAGAACACCCUGCUCCGGGAUUGGGACCUGUGGGGUCCGUUGAUACUGUGCACACUGAUGGCCACGAUUCUGCAGGGGUCCGCAGACGACGUGCACGACGGAGGCCCGGAGUUCGCCCAGGUGUUUGUGAUAGUGUGGAUCGGGGCGAUGAUUGUGACGCUGAAUUCCAAGUUGCUGGGAGGGAAUAUAUCCUUUUUCCAAUCGGUGUGCGUCCUGGGGUACUGCUUGACGCCCUGUGCAGCGGCACUAUUAGUCUGCAGGAUAAUCUUGAUAGCAGAGCAAACGCAUUUCCUGUUCUUUUUGCGGCUUCUGGUGGCGGGAGUAGGCUUCGGAUGGGCAACUUAUGCGUCCAUAAUUUUUCUCGGGGACAGUCAACCUAUCAACCGGAAAGCCCUAGCAGUAUAUCCGAUCUUUCUGUUUUACUUCAUCAUCUCGUGGUUGGUAGUAUCGCACACCAAUGUCUAACUGGCGGAACACAGGAGGAGACUUAGUAGUACGCAAGUAAGCCCAAUUUUCCCAAGCCCGUACAUCCCCGUACCACUGAUCGUACGCGCGCGUGUAUAUGUAUGUAAGAUGGAAGCGACGACAGCUUAUGCUAAGCUUAUGCUAGGGGUGAUAAAUCCUGAUUCCUAGAUAGACAGGUGAUUGUGAUUGUGAAAGUGUUUUAAACGAGAUAUUCGUGGACUUAGGCUACAGCAAAUUAUAGUCAAAACCGCUUUUUAGAUGGAAACUGUGAACACCUACAUGUAGUAUGAUGAGUUGCUAUUAGAUGGAGAUAAGUCUUUUUGUACCAUAUUUUUCCACUGUCUGUGCACUUGCAGCAUCCUUUAUGAGAAUAAUAAAAGUACUCUACAAAUAGGA